AUGAAUAUUUAUGAGGAAACUUCCCUGAGUUAUUUAGCAAAAGUUAAAGAGAUUUUAGCACCAAAAGGAUCUGGUGGAAAAUUUGUAGAAAGCGCAAGUGCAAUUGUUGAUUUAGAAGAUCAAAUUGAUAAUGAUGGAUGGACAUCAUUACAUAAUGCAUCUGCACAAGGACAUUUGUGUAUAGUUAAGUAUUUGGUGGAAUCUGCCAGUAGCGUAGAUGUAGAUGUUGGAAAUACAUAA